AUGGCUGAAGAAGGAACAGACACUCAUAAUGGUGGACAUGGACCAGCCAGGCCUCCAAGAAGGACCCUAGGUGAUUAUGCACAACGACAUGGUCCUAGGCAUUUCUCCAGUAUUGCAGCUCCAAAUACUUCUAGAGCUUUGGAGAUGAAGUCUGCCUUCCUUACUUUGGUUAGCUCACAAAAAUUUACAGGCCUUGAUCAUGAGGACCCAUACUCACACCUUUCAAAUUUCUAUGAGUUAUGUGGAACUAUGGGAAUUCAUGAAGGUGAUGAGGAAGUUGUAUACUUGAGGUUAUUUCCAUUUUCUCUAACAGGAAAAGCUAAAGUUUGGUUACAAUCUCACCCGAAUCAAAGUUUAACAAGCUGGAGUGAUGUGGAAAAUAAGUUUGUUAAUAGAUUCUAUCCAUCAUCCAAGUAUAUUAAAGCCAAAUUAGAAAUCACAACUUUCAGGCAAGGUGCAGAUGAACCAUUUUAUGAAGCUUGGGAAAGAUUUAACUCAUUGCUCAGAAAAUGUCCUAACCAUGGGUUUGAAGAUAUAGCUCAAAUCAAUUUCUUUGUUAAUGGAAUCAAGCCUGAGGUGAAGAUGUUAUUAGAUGCAGCAGCUGGUGGCACCAUGAUGUCUAUAAGCCCAGAGGAAGCUACUCAAAUUAUAGAGUCUUUGGCAUCUUCUGAUCACCAAGCAGAGCAUGGAAGACAUCAAUCUCAUAAAAGAGGAGUUCUUGAUCUCAGUACUAGUGAUGCAAUCCGUGCUCAGAACAAGCUGCUAUCUCAACAGAUUAAAACACUGACUAAGCAGAUGGCCAAAAUACCACAGCAGCUUCAUGCCAUUGCUUCGUCCCCAGCUCAAUCAAAUUCUUCUUUAAAGUGUGAUUUCUGUGGGGGGGAUCAUCCCAAUGGCCACUGUUUUGAGAACUCAAACGAAGAAGAGGUCAACUACGUGGGUAACCAACUGAAAGGAGGCUCCUCUAAGCUCAACAUACCUUACCCUCAUGCUCCUUCUAAGAAAGAAAAUGAAAGACAGUUCUUGAGAUUUCUGGAUAUCAUAAAGAAGCUCCAGAUUAAUAUUUCCUUCACUGAAGCCAUGGAAAAAAUGCCCACUUAUGCUCGGUUCAUGAAGGAAUUGUUGACUAAGAAGAGAAAAAUUCUUGAAGAAGAGACUGUGGAGCUUGAGGCAGGAUGUAGUGCUAUUAUACAAAAGUCUCUACCUCAGAAGUCCAGAGAUCCAGGCAGUUUCACUCUCCCUGUAUCAAUUGGUAAUUUAUCAAUGAGUAAGGCACUCUUAGACCUUGGAGCUAGUAUCAAUUUGAUCCCUUUAUCAAUGCUAAAGAAGAUAGGGGAAGUGCAAGUAAGACCUACAAGAAUGACCUUGCAGUUGGCAGACAGAUCCAUCAAGCUUCCACAUGGUAUAGUGGAAGAUAUGAUAGUGAAGGUUGAUAAAUUCAUGUUUCCGGUUGAUUUCAUAGUCAUGGAUAUGGAAGAGGAUGUAGAAGUUCCUUUGAUAUUGGGUAGACCCUUUAUGAAGACAGCUCGAGUGAUCAUUGACAUGGAUGAAGGAAAGCUGAAGGUGAGGGUCCAAGAUGAGGAAGUGAGUUUCAAUGUAUUUGAAGCAAUGAAGUGUCCAAAAGGCAACAAAGAUUGCUUUAGAAUUGAUGUAUUAGAUGAUGUGUACUUGGAAGCUCAAAAUGAUUUCAAGAGCUCAUCCCCACUGGAGAAGGCUUUGCUUAUUUCUAAUGAAGAAUUGGAUAAGGUCAUAGAUGAAGAGGUUCAAGAUGUUAUUGAUGCACUAAAUAAAAGAGAAAACUCUUCUGCCAAUGUUCAGUCAAAAGAAGAAUUGAAGAAGGAGGAAAAAGAGCAAGUAGUGAAGUUGUAA